GACUUCCUGUCCCCCGCCGCCGCUGCCUGUUCCUCUUCCGCCAUGAGUGUCGACCAAACGCAGCUGUCCAGAAAGCCCCGCCUCUCGCAGGUCUCCCUCAUCUUCGCCUGCGGAACCGCCCUCUUCUCCGAUGGUUACGCUAAUGGCGUGAUCGGUGCUGUCAAUACGCUGCUCAAGCGUAUAUAUGGCCCGGAGAAGAUCACCACAAACUACAGCAACACGAUCAGUAGUGUCGCUUUCGCCGGCACGGUCGUUGGUAUGCUCGUCUUUGGCUAUCUGUCGGAUAAGUUGGGCCGUAAAUUCGGAAUGAUGCUGGCCACCGGCAUCGUCGCCCUCUUCUCCGCGCUUUCGGCAGCGUCCAGCGGGGCGCACCACAGCGUGAACGGCAUGCUCGCCAUGUUGAGCGCGUGUCGUUUCCUCCUCGGUAUCGGCAUCGGUGCAGAAUACCCGUGUGGCUCCGUAGCGGCCUCAGAGCAGUCCGAAGAACCCGGCAUUAACAAGAACGCGCAGCAUCGUUGGUUUGCCCUUGCUACCAACUGCAUGAUUGACACGGGUUUCGUCGUCGCGGCGUUCGUCCCGCUGGUGCUAUUCUGGAUCUUUGGCGAGAACCACCUCCGCGCCGUCUUCCGCAUCUCUCUCGGGUUGGGUGUCAUCCCUGCUCUCGCAGUUCUGCUCUGGCGGCUGAGGAUGGAGGAGCCUACCCGGUACAAGAAGGACUCUAUGGCACGCGCGAAGGUCCCGUACAUGCUGAUCAUCCGCCGCUACUGGGUUAGCCUGGCCGCCAUCUCAGCGACAUGGUUCAUCUACGACUUCAUCACAUACCCUUUCGGGCUGUUCUCGUCGACUGUCACUAACACGAUUACUGGCGGCAACUCAUCGCUUUCCGUGGUGUUUGGCUGGUCUGUUGUGAUCAACUUGUUCUACAUCCCCGGCACUGUCGGAGGCGCCUUCGUCGUAGACAUCCUCGGCCCUAAGAACACCAUGAUCGUCGGUCUCCUAUCACAGGCUGUCAUCGGCUUCAUCAUGAGCGGCCUCUACACGCGCCUGACGGAACAUAUCGCGGCGUUUGCGGUCGUCUACGGCAUUUUCCUCAGUCUCGGAGAGCUUGGACCCGGUAACUGCCUGGGUAUGCUCGCGGCGAAGUCCGGCCCGACCGCUGUGCGUGGCCAAUUCUACGGCAUUGCGGCCGCUAUUGGCAAGAUCGGUGCCUUCGGUGGUACUUGGGCCUGGCAAAGGAUUGUUGACGAUUUCCAGGCGCACUCGACCGACCCCAACAUCGGCCAAACUGGCCCCUUCUGGAUCGCUAGCGCCCUCGCGAUCAUCAGCGCCGUCAUCACAUUCUUCUUCGUCCGCCCGCUCUCGCACGAUGGCAUGACCGCGGAGGAUCUCAAAUUCCGCGAGUACCUUGAGGCGAACGGCUACGACACCUCCCAGAUGGGUCUCAUCGAGUCGGAGACGAGCUCCGUGUCCACCGGUGAGGAGAAGGGCGAAAAGGUCUGAGGGCUUCCGAGACCAGCGAUUCUUGCGACGCCAACGUCGACCACCCACAUGAUGGUCCAUGAUUUGCACGAUCUCAUGUCUCUCUGUCCCCUCGCCUUGCUGUGUUGUUGUGGUAUGCUUAUGACUUUUCUUGGUAGUGUCGCAGUGCUGUCGACGCCUUCUGUCUGUGUGCUUUACGAUACUCACGGCGUACUGUUUAUAUCAAUCGUAUCGUAGCUUUGUUGUAUUCC